AGGAGCAGGGUGCUCACCACGUCAGUCAGCCUCCAAAAUCCUAGAGCCCAGACACCCUUCGGGCUGGUCGUGUCCAUGCCACCAUCACAGGGCUGUUGUUAAGAGCCGUGUGGUCAUGCUGGUGGCCACACACUUAACGUGACUUCCAAGCAGAAGAUGAAGCUAUGGAUUGUGGCAGUCAUGACAAUCCUCCCAGGCCUCAGCGUUUGGGAUCACUGGGACCACAGGGUGUGCUGCACCAUUCCUCUGCUGUGCAUAGCAGUGCUGGCCAAACUCAUGGCCAGGAGGCACUGCACCAACGACAAGCUGGUGUCCUCCAAAUGCUGCCUGGGCACAGCCUGGUCCUUGCUGCCCAAGCAGUGCCCACCAAGGCUGGCAUUCCCCACGAAGACAAGCUUGUUUGUGGAGCAGGGCACAUCAGUAACAGAGAGCAAGCAGAUGGACAGGAGGAUGGAGCAGAGCGGCAGGAAUGGGCCUGGCCCCACAUUGCACACCUCGCGCUGCUGUGAUGGGCUCUCCCCAUGCCCCCAAGAACCCUUCAGGGCUGAAGCAUCUCAGAGCUGCCAGGGCAAUCUGUCGGAAGACCUGAAUGAUGGUCCUGCACCUUUCCUGUCCAACAGCAGAACCCGCUGUCCCACCAGGAGUUCCACAUUCAGCCGGUUGAGGUCACAUCAAAAAAGACAACACAGAAACAGACUGCAAAGAAAAUCAGCCUCUGGAAGAAGCUUGCCACGAGAGAGACAAGAAGGAACUUCGAGUCCAGCCACCAACUCAGAGCUCCCCAGAAACUCACCCUCCACUUCCAGCAUGAAGGACCUCUGCAGAUCCCUGAUGGAGUCCUUGGACACUACACAAAUCUGCCUCAGCCUGUUGGCCAAAAUGGAAAAAAAUAAUGGCAGCAGUGCUCAAAGGGCACACGAGGGCUACAGGAGCAAAUACCCCGUCUGCAUGCAGUGCUGUCGGUGCCUGGACAACAGCUGCCCACACCACAGCAGCUCCUCAGACACCACGGCCACGGCCAUGCUGACUGCCUUGAUCUUCUCCCUGGAUGUGGUGGUGCAGGAGGAGAAGGUAAAGCUGAAGGUUGGGUUGCUCUUUAAUCUGUCCGUCAGUGGGAAGACACUGCACGCAUGGGGGAAAAACGUGUGGCUGCCCAAACGUUGUGGCAGUGAGGAAUACUGCGAGGAGUGUGGAGAUCCUCUGCCCAGAAGUCCCCAAAACUGGGGGAUGCAACAAGGGGAGUCCCUUCCCACCACAGCCCCUGUGUGGCCUCUGCCCCCGUGGGCACAGCCAAUCCCCCCAGAUGCCCUGGAAAGGUUGCAGAGAGCGGGGAUGGAGCCUAUGCCCCAGGUGGAGUACAGGGGGCUGGGGCACAGCAGCACAGUGCAGUGUCUACUCUGCUUCUGGUGGAGGAUGAAGAGCAAAGUGAAGAACCUGAAGAAAGUGGGGACAGCUGAGGGCAACAGAGAGAUCAGCAUCUGAUGGCACUGUGGGAAGGGACCAGCUGCUGCCUGCCCCUCUGCUGCUUGAUUUUGAGUUCUCAGCUACAGCGUAGGGAGCACUAGCAAUAAAGGGGACCGUGGCAUACUGUGA